GGAUAAGAGCGACAUGAACCCUGUGAAACUGCGAUUUUAUACCGAGCGAUACGAGAAGGAGAAAAAGUACUUUCGCCUGCAAGAAAAGUUCGUAGCUAUCGCGCGUACGAAACCUCUAACCGGUAAGUUUUACGCAAAACACGACGCAAUCCCGGCUUCCGAGGUUCGACGAGAGUACGUAGAUUUGAUCUCGAAACGACUGGUCCUCUCACCGAAGGAUAUUUACGCGUUCAAGCCACCGACGGUCAAUAUGGAGUAUGGCUGGUUCUCGGAACCCUUGAUAGCUCGAACCAAGGAUCCAAGGUUAUCGUUUGCCCGAAAACAAACGGAUUUUAUCGCUAACGAGCUUCGAAUACGAUACGUUCAGAGAGGUUUACCGAUCGAGAAAUUUCUAGGAAUACCUUUCAAAGUUUAA